GAACAUUUAGUUAAUUGUUAUCAAAUCAUUCGUUUUGAGACAAACCAAAAUGAGGCUGCAAUAUUUGCUUAUAUUAUUUGCUGUAGCUGAAAGCAAACAGGCCUUAAUCAAGGAUCAAGUUGGCUUCUACAAUGUAAAUGACACAAUCAAGAUAGUGGGUGGUGAACCUACCGAUAUUUUGAAUUUCCCUUAUCAAGUCUCUUUGCAAUAUUAUUACAGGCAUAUUUGCGGAGGCUCUAUCAUAUCACAGAGAUGGAUUGUGAGCGCCGCUCAUUGCACUCAAAUCUCGUGGCUUUCAAAUACGGCACCACUAGCAGGCUUCACAGUCCGCGUUGGAAGCUCCUUCGUCCAAUCAGAAGGCAGAGUUUUAGCUGUAUCCAACAUCGUAGAACAUCCCGUCUACGGAAACUCAGCGGCAAGCGCUUACGAUUACGAUAUCUCUCUAAUUAUGGUUUCCAGCCCGAUAAGCUACAGCCCUUCAAUUCAACCCAUACCAUUACCACCUAUAAACCAGAAACCAAUCCCAGGUGCUAGUUGUUUGAUAACAGGCUGGGGCGAUUUGCUAGAAGGUGGUUCAAGUCCAGCCAGACUUCACGUAGUCGACGUACCGUGGAUCAGUAACGAAAGCUGUACAGAGUAUUAUGGUGCACCUGUGAUCACCUACAAUAUGAUGUGCGCUGGAUCGCCGGAAGGAGGAAGAGACGCUUGCCAAGGAGAUUCUGGAGGCCCAUUAGCAGUCGAUGGGGUUCUCAUGGGCGUAGUUUCGUGGGGUGCUGGAUGCGCCAGGCCCAACCGGCCAGGAGUUUACGCUUACUUGCCCGCUGUGAGGCAAUGGAUCAACGAAACGACAGGACUUUGAUUGAUUCAUGAUAAUUGUAAAAUGGAUAAUAAAGGGAUUUUCCUAAAAAAUAGUA